AUGAUGGAAACUAUUAAAGGAAAACCAAUAUUUGAACAUCAAGGUUACUUAUAUAUUAUUAAUAAAGAAUCAUCUAACAAGAUAAUAUGGUGCUGCCGUAAUUAUCGUCAUGGUCAAUGUCGUGGUCGACUUCACACAAUGAAUGGUCAGGUUAUACAAACAGUAGGUGAUCAUAAUCAUGAACCAGUUCAUUCAGCUGGUCAAGUAAUUGCAGCACGCAUAAAAAUGAAUAAUACAGCUAAACAAACUGGUCAUACAACACAUGAUAUUGUAGCUGAUGGUGUAUCUAAAUUAUCUGAUCAUGCUAUCACAUCAUUACCAAAUUUACAAAAUCUUAAACGAACUGUUCAACGAAUUCGUCAAAAACACCAAAAUUCAUUACCAUUACCAACAGAUCGUAAUUCACUUGUUAUUAAUCCACUAUUUAUAAGAACAGCUCGUAAUCGAACAUUUUUACAAUUCGAUUCCGAUCCAAUUGAUCAAUGCAUGUUAAUAUUUUCAACCAAGAAACAAUUACAAAUGUUAGAAAAUGCAAAUUAUAUCUAUUUAGAUGGAACAUUUAGCGUAGUUCCCGAAUUGUACUUUCAACUUUAUACAAUUCAUGUUAUAUACUUAAAGCAUAUCUUACCAGCAGUUUAUGUAUUGUUACCUGGCAAGAAACAACGUUUAUAUAAAGAAAUGUUACAAGAAAUUAAAAAUUUGGCACCAAAUUGUGAUCCACCAAAUGUAAUGAUCGAUUUGGAAUGUACAAGUAUGAAAGCAAUUAGAAAUUUAUUUCCAACAUCAAAUUUAUAUGGAUGUUUCUUCCAUCUAUGUCAGAACAUUUAUCGUUCUGUUACACGAUUUGGUUUAAAAACAUUGUAUGAUGAAAAUGAAAGUUUUGCACAACAAAUUCGACGUUUACCAGCAUUAGCAUUUUUGCCAAUUACUAAUGUUAUUCCAACAUUUGAUGAAAUUAAAGCUCAAUUUUCAGUUGAAGGUGAACCUGUAUUAACUUACUUUGAAGAAAAUUAUAUUGGUGUUAAAAGUCGCUUAUCAAGACCAAGAAAAAUACCAAAAUUUGAUAUACCAUUGUGGAAUGUUAAUACAAAUACUUUACAAGGUCAACAUAGAACAAACAACGUUGUAGAAGGUUGGAAUAACAGAUUUUCAUCGUUAAUGAACUGUAGUCAUCCAAAUUUUUGGAAAUUUUUAAAAGGAUUAAAAAAGGAACAAUCGUUUGUCGAUGCUCAAAUUAUUCAAGCAGAUGCUGGUGCUAGACAAGCAAGAAGACGAAAGCAAACUCGUCGAGAAACACGUAUUUUAAAUUUACUUAAUGGACCAACAACGACAAACUUUGAAAAAGUUAUGGCUUUAGCUCAAAAUAUUUCAUUAAAAAGUUAA